AUGACUUCUGAAUGUCCCCCCAAAAGUGAUACUCCUGAUUCCUGUUCUAGGGCAUCAGACUGUCCCUCUGUUUCAUCCCGUUCUACUGAGAUUCCCUGCCUCCCGAGUACUGGGGCAACAUCCAGAUGCCAAACCCCAACCUUCUUCGCCAGGUCCUGUCGACCCACAAGCUGCCUAGCAACUUGCUACCUUCAUGGGAGCUGUAACUUCCCUUAUGUAGUAGGUAGCUGUGGUUGGGGUGAGGAAGGAGUCUUCAACAGCAAUGAAAAAGAGACUAUGCAGUUCCUGAAUGAUCGCCUAGCCUGCUACCUGGAGAGGGUCCGAGCCCUGGAGCAAGAGAACGCUGUCCUGGAGUGCAAAAUCCGAGAGCAGUGUGAGCCAGAAGUCCCUCUCGUGUGUCUCGAUUAUCAGUGUUACUUCGACACAAUUGAAAAUCUCCAACAACAGAUCUUGUGUACCAAGGCAGAGAAUUCUAGAUUAGCAGUUCAAAUUGACAACUUCGUAUUAGCUGUGGAUGACUUUAGAUCAAAGUAUGAGGCUGAGCUAUCUCUUCGCCAACAAGCAGAGGCUGACAUCAAGGGCCUCCGAAAAAUCUUGGAUGACUUGACCCUUUGCAAAUGUGACCUAGAGGCUCAUGUGGAAUCUUUGAAGGAGGAUUUGCUCUCUCUCAAGAAAAAUCAUGAUGAAGAAGUGUGUUUAUUGAAGGAACAGCUUGGGGAUCGACUCAACGUAGAGCUGGACUCUGCCCCACCUGUUGAUCUGAACAAGGUCCUGGAUGACAUGCGAUGCCAGUAUGAAAUGGUGGUGGCCGAUAACCGCAGAGAUGUUGAGCAAUGGUUCGCCCUUCAGACAGAGGAACUGAAUCAGCAGCAGUUGUCCAGCUCUGAGGAGCUCCAGUGCUGCCAAUCAGAAAUCCUUGAGUUGAAGAGGACAGCAAAUGCUCUGGACAUUGAACUCCAGGCACAACAUGGCUUGAUAGAAUCUCUGGAAUGCACCCAGGCAGAAACGGAGGCACAAUAUAGCACACAGUUGGCCCAGAUGCAAUGCUUAAUUGAUAAUGUAGAAUCCCAGCUGGCUGGCAUACGUUGUGACCUGGAGCGGCAGAACCAGGAAUAUCAGGUCCUCCUGGACAUGAAGGCUCUGCUAGAGUGUGAGAUUUCCACCUACCAAAGUCUGCUGGAGAGUGAAGACUGCAAACUUCCCUGCAACCCAUGUUCCUCAUCAUCUACCUCUGUCAAUACCUGUGAACCCUGCACAGCCUGCUUGAUUUGUACAGUUGAAGGAUGCCAAGUCUGA